UAGCAAAAAAUGGCGAACAAACUCGUCCUCGUCUGCACAUCUCUCGCUCUCUGCUUCCUCCUCACCAACGCUUCCAUCUACCGCACUGUCGUCGAACUUGACGCCAGCAACCCCAUAGGCCCAAGACAGAAAUGUCAGAGGGAGUUUCAGAAAGAACAACACCUUAGAGCUUGCCAGCGAUUGAUGCGCAAGCAAAUGAGACAAGGCCAUGGUGGUGGUCCUUCCCUCGACGAUGAGUUCGAUUAGGAAGACGACAUCGAGAACCCGCAGAGACCCUCGCUACUCCAGAAGUGCUGCAGCGAGCUUCGCCAAGACCCAGAUUGCGUUUGCCCCACCUUGAAACAAGCUGCCAAGGCCGUUAGACUCCAGGGACAGCAGCACCAACCAAUGAAAGUCAGGAAAAUUUACCAGACAGCUAAGAACUUGCCUAACAUUUGCAAAAUCCCGCAAGUUGAUGUUUGCCCCUUCCAGAUCCCUUCAUUCCCUUCUUACUACUAAAUUCCAAACAAAACCCUCAAAAAGCCUAUGAGUGUGGUUGUUGAUACACGUUAACACCACGUCUCAUCUUGUGUUUUUAUGAAAAUGUUAGCUUUGGAAUGUUUGAGGCUAAUGUAUUUAGCAGUAAUAUAUAAAUAAGAGGUUGAGUUUGUUUA